CUGCCUCGGCUCACUCCCGCCUGACCGCGGGGCUGCCCGGCACGACUCCGCUCGGGGCCUGCGGGCUUCGCGCGGAGGAAAGGAGGACCGGGAAAACGCAGAGGCAGGCACAGGACUGACCUACGGCGCCAGCGGCGACUUGCUCCCCUUGCAGCAGAAUUACAUCGGGGAGGAGGGGAGAGGGAGGAGGGAGAGGAAGAGGAGAGGGGGAGGAGGAGGAGGAGAAGGGAAAAAAAAAGAAAAUCCAGAGAAUUCCAGGCUGGCAAAUAUAGUGAAACAGCAUGAUCGGGGUUCAUUCGCUCUAGAAGAGCAGAGAGGAGAGAGGACGUUAAACCGAGAAGAGGGAGAAAGGUCUGUGGCUCCUUUCCCGGUAGGAGCAGUGUUUCAGAGGUAAAAUGAUUCCCCCGAGCAGCGCGACUGAAGUCAGCGUGGACACGGUGGAGAAGGAGCACGAAGUGGAGAGCACAGAGCAGCCCCCCUCUCCAGCAUCGACCACCAGCCAGGAAUCAAAGCUGCAGAAAUUGAAACGAUCCCUCUCCUUCAAGACCAAAAGCUUGCGGAGCAAAAGCGCAGACAAUUUCUUCCAGAGGACUAAUAGCGAUGUGAAACUGCAAGUGGACUUGAUGCCAGAGGUGAGCACGAGCACUGGCCAGCUCCCCAGCUCCGAGAGCCAGGCGUCCUCCCCUACGAAAGCCCAACAGCUGCCGGAAAACAACAAGGCUCACAUCUUCCAGGAGCACAUCUUCAAAAAACCCACCUUCUGUGAUGUCUGCAACCACAUGAUUGUUGGGACAAACGCAAAGCAUGGGCUGCGCUGCAAGGCUUGCAAGAUGAGCAUCCACCACAAGUGCGCCGACAGUAUUGGGCAGCAGCGCUGCAUGGGCAAGCUGCCAAAGGGAUUUCGACGGUACUACAGCUCGCCACUACUCAUUCAUGAACAGUUUGGCUGCAUCAAAGAAGUGAUGCCUAUUGCCUGUGGAAAUAAGGUUGACCCUGUCUAUGAAACUCUCCGCUUUGGGACUUCCUUAGCUCAGAAAACCAAGAAGGGCAGCUCUGGAAGUGGGUCUGAUUCUCCCAACAGAAACUCUACUUCCGACCUGGCAGAAGUUCCUGAAGAAGCUGAUAGCUCUGGAGGCACCCUUGACAUAAGCAGGAAACGGAGCAACAGUGUGUUUACAUACUCCGAAAACGGCACAGAACACUUUGGAGAAGAACCAAAAAGUAUACAUUCCCCGGGAACAUUUUAUAAAAACACGUUACAAAUGAACACCUAUGUUGCCUUGUACAAAUUUGUACCACAAGAAAAUGAAGACUUGGAGAUGAGGCCAGGGGAUAUGAUCACUCUUCUGGAAGACUCCAAUGAAGACUGGUGGAAGGGGAAAAUUGAAGACAGAACUGGAUUUUUUCCUGCUAACUUUGUUCAAAGAGUGCAACAUGAUGAAAAGAUUUACAGGUGUAUCAGGACAUUCAUUGGAUGCAGGGAGCAAGGACAGAUAACGCUGAAAGAGAACCAAAUCUGCGUGACUUCUGAAAAGGAACACGAUGGCUUCAUCAAAGUGUACAGCGGGAAGAAGAAAGGCUUUGUCCCCAUAGAUGUCUUAGAAAACAUCUGAUUUCAACAGCCCGCUCGCUGCAGUAGGAGCCCUUUGUUGGCAAUGCCUGUCUGCCUCAUCUCACACUGUGUCAACCCAGAUGGGCUGUCUUGCAGAUGUUCAGGGAAGAGCGAGAAAACUGCAACUACAAGAAGAAAAAGACAUUUAGACUGUCACAGCAACACUAAGGUAUACGAAAAGUGGAUUGAUUGAAAGAAAACAUAGUCAGAAACCACUGGGGAAAUGAGAGGCCCUUGAAAACUAAUAGGAAUAAGGUAAGGGGGAAAAAAGUCUGGUCUGGUUUCUGGUGCAAGAUGACUAUUAUGACCCUGAUGGAGACAGACAGCUGUUCUGAAGGACUAAACUCAUGUCCUGUUCUCGUGUCUUAGAAAACUGUUGGACUGCUUUCCU